AUGGUACUGAUGUCACAAGGCAGGCUAUUAUGUCUGUACUCCGUCCUCAUUUUUCUGGGGUUCACCUGGUUCAUCUCUAGCUUUGAGUAUUUUUGCUCUAAUGAUGACCUGCUGGAAUUGAGGGAGAGACAGCUAGACACAUACAAACAACAAGUGACAGACAAGAAUAGGGAAAUAGAAAACAUACAGAGCAAAAUGCAGGAGUAUGAGGAGAAACUACAAAGACUAUCUCACCUCCUUCAGAUGAAGACCUGCAAGCCUGUUGCUGGAGACAAUGACCCAUCUCUGCCUACCCUUUACCUCAUCACUCCUACAUACGCGCGUCUGGAGCAGAAGGCAGACCUAACUCGACUGUCACACACUCUACUGCAUGUUAGGAACCUCCACUGGAUUGUUGUUGAAGAUUCAGAGGUAAAGACUAGACUUGUCACUAACUUCUUGGCAAACUGUGGAAUUCAGAACACACAUUUAAACACUUUGACUCCUAAACAGGUGAAAUUAAAAUCCAGUGACCCACAGUGGCUGAAGCCAAGAGGUGUUUUACAGAGAAAUGCUGGGCUUACUUGGAUCAGAACAGCCCUAAAUACAAAGAAAGACAAAGGAGUGGUUUACUUUGCUGAUGACGAUAAUACUUACAGUCUAGAGCUGUUUGAGGAGAUUCGUCAGACACAGAAAGUGUCAGUGUGGCCAGUAGGAUUAGUUGGGGGCCUGCGGUAUGAGAGUCCUUUGAUACAGAAUGGAAGUGUGGUAGGUUGGCAUACUUUCUGGAAGCCAGAGAGAACUUUUGCCUUAGAUAUGGCAGGAUUUGCAGUGAAUUUGUCUAUAAUAUUUAGUCAUCCCAAUGCAGUGUUUUCAAAUCAUGUGCCAAGAGGUUACCUGGAGAACGCUUUAUUACUGGAAUUGGGUGUGAAACUCCAGGACUUAGAGGCAAAAGCUGAUGGUUGUACUAAGGUGCUAGUUUGGCAUACACGGACAGAGAAGACAAAGACAAAAAAUGAAAAAAUAACACCAAGUGAUAUUAACAUAGAGGUUUGA